AUGUAUGCUUCAUCGGGCCUCUUUGAAGUUGAGAAAUGUCAAACGCCUGACGUUGCUAUUUGGGUCGUUGAUGGCUCAGAUUUAUUGACCUGGGCCGCAUCGGCGACGAAAUUGGCAGCUCUAUUGUCAAGUGGUGAGCUUCUACCACGAGAAAGAUUGGUCAUUGCGAUCAACAAAAUUACAUCUUUCAUUCCAGUUUGCGCUUCUAAAGGGCAGAAUGUACUGCCAGACUCGAAAGAGCCUUCCUGGGCAGCCAGUCUAUCUCCACAAAGGUUUGAGGGAUCAGAAGUGGUGUCAAGUGAUUGCUUAAUGAGUCUACGUGCAUAA